ACUUAUUAAAUAGAUUUGCUAUAAAUGGGCGAAACUGGUGCAGAUAUGAACCCAAUGGAGGGUCAACGGGAAACUGGAGACGCUGUGUUAAUGGAUAUUCAAAAGAAAAUCAGAAGCGCUUUCGAAAUUUUUGACCACGAAAAUAACCAAACUAUUGAUGUCAGGGAAUUAGGAACAGUUAUCAGGUCUCUAGAUUGUUGUCCCACCGAGGGCGAAUUACAUGAUAUGUUGACUGAGUGCGAGGAGGAGGAGCCAACCGGGUAUAUCAAACUGGACAGAUUCGAGACCAUGAUGAGUAGGACUCUGAUGGAGCACAAGUACAGACCAGCUCCGGAAGAGAAGAUCAUGCGUGCCCUGGAGAUCCUGGACACAGACAGGAAGGGCUACCUCACAGUGGAGGAGAUCUCUAAUUAUGUCACCAAAGAGGGUGAGCCAUUCAGCCAAGAGGAGCUGGACGAGAUGCUGAACGGAGCAGUGGACUCGGAGAAGGGUGUGAUCAACUACAAAGACUACGCCAUGAAACUAGCAGUAGAUGACGCCGAAUCGUAAUAGCCGCUGUAACUUAGAACUUCUGUUUGUUUUGACUUUGUAUAAAGAUGUAAAAAGUUGUAUGUACAAUAUGUCGAUAAAAAUAAAAUUCAUCAUGGGCGUUCUUUGGUGGGAACAAAUGGCUCAUACUUAAAUCAUAAGAUCGAUUUUGCUCUUAGACUAAUGGCUACUACUUAAAUCAUAAGAUCAAUUUAGUUUUUGAGAACAA